UGAGCGAUAACUACAAUUUCACUCUUUUUCCCACUUGGUUUUAAAUUUCUUCUGCUAAGCUUCAUUAAACCCUCGCUUCUUGUUAGCUCCGGAAACCCUAGCAGUCCUUCAAAGCCUUUCGUUCUAUGAUCAUCAUUCGUUUAUAUUGGACUCUCUGAAUUAGCCAUCCAAGAAAGCUGAAGGGAAGAUCUCUAAUCAAACAAAAGGGCACAGUUCACAUGCGUUGAAGUGAAAUGAAGAUGGUUCAGGAUCCACAGAAGUCAACAGAAAAGCAGUUCUCAAAGAAAAUAUCAAAUGACCCCCAGAGUGACCAACAGAAUAGCAUCACUGAGGUUCCAAGCAACAAGAGCAGAAAAAUCACACGUGGAGAUAUUGAAGUUGUCCAGAAUUUGAUUGAGAGGUGUUUGCAGUUGUAUAUGAACAGAAAUGAAGUCAUCAAUACCCUCUUAGAUCGUGCUAGGAUUGAGCCUGGCUUCACAAGCUUGGUACUGCAGAAAUUGGAAGAAGAAAAUGCAGAAUUUUUCAAGGCCUACUACAUAAGGCUAAAGCUGAAAAAUCAAAUUGUUCUUUAUAACCGUUUGCUAGAGCAACAAUACCAUCUGAUGAAAGACCAAGUCCCUCCAGAGGUUCCAUUGCCUCCUAUGCAAAAUGGAAUGCAUUACAUGCCUGUUCACAGUUCAUCUAUGGGGUACCCCAUCAUGCAGCAGCCUCCAAUUCCAUCUAACCGUCAUCGCCAAAUUAGUAACAUGGGCACUACAUCUAGUUGUCAUGUGGUAAAUGGAAUCCUUGCUCAAGGACAUUUCCACCAUAUGCCACUAAAUUGUGGUAACGAAAGCCUAGCUGAUGCACCAUCUAUCAUCCCUGCCAGUGGUAUCAAGACAGAGAUGCUUUCAAGUCCUGUAUCAGUGGCAUCCAAUGGACAAUUUCCUUUCACUCCAUCAGAAAUAUCAGGGCUAGGUGUGGACACAUCAGCGCUUGACUCUGCAUUUACUUCUCAUUUAGCAAAUUUAGAAAGGUUGGGUAUUGGACCAGAUGGUGGGACCAGAUGGCCUAAGGAGACCCUUCGAUCAUCGGGGCAGUCUACUUGGAAUUUUGGCCUCUUUGAUUCUACCGCCGAAUGGCCAAACUUGCAAGAUCUUGGAGCACUGGGUAACUAUUCGGGUUCACCCUUUCUGCCUCCUGAGUCGGAUGUUCUUGAUUCACCAGAGCAAAAUGACAUGGUUGAGGAGUUCUUUGCCGACGCUGGCUCAGGUCAAGGCUCUCAAUCAGAGUAGACUUCUUCUGCGCCAAGGUGAGAGAGGUCUUGUGGAAGUAUUUGGAGGACCUCUCUGGUGUUUAGGAUCAGAUAGCUCUAUCAACCUCGAAGUCCUGACUCUCAAUGAAUAUGUGGUACUCUUUGAGCAAUAUAACAUCUGAUUUCCAUGUAAAUUUUGAAUCUCGAGUUGUUCCAGCAAAGAAAAUAGAAACAAAAUUGAUGUUAAUUUUGAUGUUAAUUGAUAGCUAUAAUUUUCCAAGCA